CGAGGCCGGGCCAGGAGCGGUUGCAGCGGUUGGGGGGACUCGGCCGGCGCCAUGUCAGCCGGGGGCGUUGCGGCGCUGCUGUGCUGGCUGAGCUGUUGUACCUCGGCCUUGUGGAGGUAUUACUGUUACAGUCCAAACUAUCUCAUUUUUUCUACAAGAAGUACUAUUAUAUUAGAGUAUGAAGGAACAUCAUUUUCUGAGUGGAAGGUGCCAGAAACUUGUUCUAUUGAAGAUAAAAGAUCACCCAGAACACAAUUGCGAUGUCAUUCUCCUGGUUUUCAGCUUAUAAAACCAAUUGUUACAGGCCCAGAUGAAGAAGAACGCUAUCUGUCUGUGGAAGACUCUCCUAUUUGCUUUCUGUGGUAUUUUAGAGUUAUAAAUUUCACUCACAAUUUGACCCAGAGUCUCAUUUUAUGGGUAUAUGAUCCAGAGAAUGCAGAUUCUUCAGAGUUAGCACGGACAGCCAAAGUACCUUCUCUAAAUUCCAUGGUACUAACCAAGAUGUUGGCUGCUUUAGGACAGGCGCCCUUCAUAAAAACACUUCUGAAGCAAAAAACUUAUUUUCCGACUGAUGACAUAGUACAAGGGACCUGGCGUAUCACGAUACCAAUGGCGGCCACUGAUGCACUAAAGAUGAUUGUAGACAACCACAUAAUUUUUCAAGAUUGUUUUGUUGCAGAGUUACAUUUUCUUCUGACUGCUCCUUUGUUGAGACUUCCUGAAACUCCUCAUUUUUUACCGAUCACUUCACCACCUGGUAGUCCAUUAAUUUCUUCUUGGUUUCCUUGUUUGCCUUCAGUUGUUGUGGUGGUAAGUGAUCAGGAGACCUUUCAAACAAAUGAUUCAUUCCAUACUUUGAUCAGAGUCAGAGUGCCUCCAAACAUUCUGAGUGAUGAUGAAAGACAUAGUGUGUCUGAUGUGACUAUAACAACAUCAGGAAUAUUUUUUCUAAUACGUGGUGUUCUUUACAUGAAAACUGCUUUUACGUUUGUAAGACUAGGAAGAAAAAAUAAUCUUCCAGAUGGUGGACUUACUGGCAUUUCAGCAAGAAAAUGGUGUUCGGGUGAAUAUUUAUUCAAGUCUAAAGGAAAAAGAAGCUGGAUGGCAACCUGGACACAACAUGAAGUCUACCUUGCAUAUGGUUCUCUUCGAUUUUUAAAAGUAGCGACUACUGCAAAAUUGAAAACUCUUCUAAAGCUAUCACCAACUGCCACUCUGACAAUUCACCAUGUCGAAUAUACAGCGCACCCUCUGGAAAUUGGCCUGUUAUUAUAUUAUUGCAGUACAUGCACUGCUACUAAAAAUGUUUACAUAGUGAUAUACAAUGAAGAUACAAAACAGUUUGUGUGCCAAGACUUUACAAUAGAAAUCCCUAUGGACAAUUUUUUUACUCCAUAUUUUAUAUUUUCAUCAAUGCCAGAUGUAAUUUUGCACGACAAACAUAGGAUCCACUAUUGCUAUCAAAAUUUCACCAUUACUGGAAUUUUGGAAACACCUACAGGAAAUGGAAAUCUAUCAACAUUAUCCCAUGACAGCGUUAUUCAAGAGGUUUAUUUAGAUUAUUUUGGGAAUGUUUUGAUAAAAAUGGAAAAUAAUAUCAUCUUUUACUCCAAGACUAAUAUUAGAGAUGCAGUGAAGCUACACUUGUGGGCAAAUGACAGAACAAAAAUGUCCAUUUUCAUGAGUGCAUCUGGUGAAAUAAUUUUGGUAUAUCUUCUUGACAAUGGCAAAUUACAAGCACAGUCAUAUCCCUUAAAACUGGAAAUACAAAGUAUAACUUUUAAAUCACAGGACAAAUGCCCAUACGCAGCAUUUUCUAAUAAUGUUUUCAAUACGUUUUACAUUUUGGACAAGGGAGAAAACCUGACAUUAUGGGCUGAAAUAGUAUAUCCAGAAAAUUUUGGUCUCUUUGUUAUGGUGGAUGCCUAUGGCCCAAAAAUAUUAGAACAGAAAAGAGAGAUUGCUUAUGAAAUUGCUUCAGGAUAUUGCACUAAAACUAUGACAAUAACGUUUUAUCAAAGUAUAAAUUAUGAGGCAGUAAAUGAUUACUUCAAAUUGCAAGACCAGAACACAGGAACUCUGCUUGUUGAUUUUCAACCUAGUCAAUUUUCCAAAACAUGUGCAGUAGUCAAAAAGGUGUUCCAAGUAGCUGUUGGCUGUGACCGCGGAAAAUUCAUUGCAGUAAAAGGAUUUAAUAACAAAGAUUGUCUUCACCAUGAUUUUUCUUACGUGAUUGAAAAGUCAUAUCUGAGGGAUCGACCAUCUGAAAACUUGAAAGUAAGAUUUGACUGGAAAAAAUAUGGCUGCCCUUUGAAACUUGAUUCCAAAGAAAAAUUUCAACCUUCAAUUCAAUUGUUCAAUGCUAAUGGUUUUAUUGAAGAUGUUAAAGCAAAUUUCAUAGUGUGGGAAAUACAUGGUAGGGACGACUACAGCUUUAAUAAUACUAUGAAGCAGAGUGGUUGCGCACAUGAAGCACAGACUUGGAAGUCAAUGAUUGCACUUAACAAGCACCUCCCAUUAGAUGAUGUUUGGGGACCUGAGAACUAUAGGCACUGUUUUUCUUAUGCUAUUGGAAAACCAGGAGACUUAAAUCAACCAUAUGAGAUUAUCAACAGUUCAAAUGGUAACCAUAUAUAUUGGCCCAUGGGCCAUUCUGGGAUGUAUGUGUUUCGUGUGAAGAUCCUGGAUCCAAACUAUAGUUACUGUAACCUAACGGCUAUAUUUGCAGUAGAGACUACUGGAGUGAUUCCAAGACCAAAUGCCUACCUGGUAGCUUCUUUGCUCUUUGUCCUGAUGCUGUUGUUCCUCAGUAUUCUAGUUUUGAGCUACUUCCACUAUAUGACUAUUUACAGACAAAAUAUUUAUGAACCACUACACAAACUACAAAGCAAACAAAAGAAAAAUUAGGAAAACCAAGUCUUUUACUACGGAUAUAUGUAUGUAGAGGGAGUGUGCAUAUAUGCUUAUAUUGACAGUGUGUGUUUGAUCAAGAAAUACUAAAUGUAAGUUCAAAGUGUCAUCAGAUUCAAGAGCAAAAAAUGUUCUUAAAUUAUCCCAAAACAGAAAUAAUUGCAUGUAUAUACAUAUAUAUA